AUGGACGACCCCAAGCAAGCCAGCCACAGCAAGCUCGCAAUCGACGAGAUAAACGAAUGGGAUGCAGACGACCUACUCAAAUGGAUCGACCAAGAGCGACCGGGACUGCUCAAAGGCGAAGGUCUUGAGAGAUUUAAAACCGCAAAUAUCAACAAGAAUAUCUUUGUUAAUUCUGCUGGCGACAUGGGGUUCUUUAGAAAUGAAUGCGAGCUGUCAGUUGGGAUUAGCAAGAGUCUCGCGAUGCUGGCGAGCGAGGUCGCGAAAGGGAAGACUACUGGCCCCGAGACGAGGAAGAGAAAGCAUACGCCCGAGAUGGCUCCUUCGCCAAAGAGAACCCGAGUUGACAAUGGUAGCCUAAUAAUCAACGGCGAACUAGAGUACUUCCGAUCCGGAGCAAAGGAUUUUCCCAAUCUUCUACAGAGAGAGGGCCAGGCUUACUUCGAUCGUACCGGCUACAUCUCCAAGUUGGGCAAACUCGACGAGUUCAUGCUUUUCUGCCGCCCACGUCGGUUCGGCAAAACACUAACAAUAAGGAUGCUGGAACAUUUCCACGGCCUUCAGUAUGCAGAUGAACAUCGAUGGAUGUACAAGGGUCUCGAUGUGCAAAAAGACAUCGAUGAAAGAAAAGUGAGCCCCGGAAAGUACUUCGUCUUGACAUUCGACUUUUCCAGAAUUAACGCCAGCCCGGACCUUACGGAGGCGAAUAAGGCACUCGUAAACUUCUUGAACGAUGCUAUCGAGAACUUCUAUAGACGAUAUGCUGCAUACUUGGGCGGAAACUUUACUGCUCUGUGUCAACAUAUUAACAGUGAAGCACCUAACACCAGUCUUGUGAGAUGUGCCAAGGUAGUUGGAGAUGCGAUUGAGCAGGACGACCGACUUGCCGGUAUUGAAAGGAUCUACGUGCUCGUUGAUGAGUACGAUGCUUUUCCCAACAACUACAUCAAACCACCCAAGACCGUCCGAGAACCCGGGGUCGAUUGGGAUGAUACAAAAGUCGGACAUACUUUCAAAUCUUUCUGGUCUACGAUGAAGUCAUUGUGCGCAGAGGGGGACAUCCGAAGGAUUUUCAUCACAGGGAUCUCACCGCUCUCCUUAUCCAGUCUGGGCAGUGCGUUCAAUGUGACAAAUAAUGUGUCAUUCAAUAAGAACCUGGCCGGGCUUUGUGGUUUGACAUCUUCGGACUUGAAAGACGCACUAGGGGAAAUCUACAAAGACCGUGAAGAUCACAGCGGUUUUCUUUCGGAAAUGACCGAAUUUUUCAACGGAUAUCAUUUCUGUCAGGAUAAAGAGGUCGAAACCGUUUACAACACGGAGACGUGUUUGUCAUAUCUUCAGAGUCGUAUCGAAGGAGAGACACCCAGAACUCGAGACCCGCAAAACUCCGAAAUAUCUGAACAGUUUCUUAGGUUAUCCGCUGGCUCAGCGUCAGUGAUAAAAGAUUUGCAAAACGCGCUAAAAUGUGACGAAGAAGGGAACUUUACGCCUCUCAAAUACCUCAAUUUCAAACUCGAAUUCACGCUUCGAAACUUGAGUGAGGUUGGAGAUGGUUCCUCAUGGCGUUCACUACUUGUCUAUUUCGGCGGCCUUACGUUUCACCCUGAAAAUCCGACAACGCAGCUCAAGAUACCGAAUAGAGUCGCGGCGGAUCGUAUCGCUCUCGCGAUUCUCGAAAAGUAUGAUCUGCGCAACUCUCUCGAAGAAGCACUGCUGCACCUCGUUGAACACGGAGAACUUGAACCAACGUUGGGUUGUUAUCGAGAGUUGAUGAUGCAACGGAACAUCACCGCCGAUGAUCUUACCAAAAAGACUGAAGAACACCAUCGGGAUAGCAUCUACUUCUGCCUCCUAAGAAACCGUUUUCUUGUUCCAUGGCCAGAGUUCAAAGUGACAAAGCAAGACGGAACAAACGGCCGUAUCGAUCUUCUCGUUCAGGUUCCCGGACGGCUGAUAGUUACCGAAUGGAAAUUCUAUCGAAUCAACUACCUGAAUGUAACAGGUUGCGACAGCAUCGCUAAAGCAAAAGAGCUUCGCCAGUACAAGCUCAACAGAAUCCUUGCGCUUGAAUUCAUGCAUUGGGACAAGCACCACCACGGAACGACUAAGUCUCAGGUUACGGAAAAGGACGGCCCGCAGCUAAGGGGUUAUAUUAAGAGCGCUGACGUGCGGCGACGGGUGAAUGAAGAAAGCCUUGAGUUGCAGGCACACCUUGUCAUCGUUGUCGGGUCACGUCAUAUCUUGUUGUGGGAUAUGGACAAGGAUGGAAACUUGGCUGCCGAGCCUCGUCUCGUACAUAUGCCUAGCAGAUCGAAGGUGUAG